AUGGAAACAGUGAAAGAGUACCUGGGAUCCAUAAAUCCACAUUGGGUAGCAGUAGUGAUGACAGGCAUGUACACGCAUCUUCGACAAAUUUGCAUAAUUGGUCUAUGCUUCAGUGAAGACAACAUUCCACCUUUCGAUCCGUCAUACGCGUCAGUGAUCUUCACAUUUUCCGUGCUGUGCCUUGUCGCAGAGUACAAGCUCUGGCCUAGAUCGCUCAAGGAGCCACCAAUCCAACUUCUUUAUAUUUACGAAAUGUUGGUGGCGGCUUUGACUACAAAUUUAGCAACACGCGCUAUUUGGGUGCCAUUUAUGCAUGUCAUCUAUUGUUUAACACAGGAAUCGAGUAAAUGGUUACUUUGGCUGAACGGAACGUUGGGCAUGAGUCGUUACUCAAUUAUAACAGAGAUCGCUUAUUGCAUGGCGAAAGACAGUGCUGCGACAGCUAUGGCGUUUUGUAUGUCAAUAUUAUCGUUCGUUUGGAUGCUCGAUGCGACGGACUCUCUGGACACGAUUCUGGAAAAUUGGGCCAAGUAGUGAACCAGUGAUGUUUAUUUUUAAAACAAAGAAGUUCAUUUGGGACGUUCGGGAAGAGUAAAAGGA